AGUGUAGUGUGUGUGGAGCCUGCUGCGUGCCUGCGCUUGGCGUCGUCGCGUGCGUACGUCCGAGCCGGGUCCGCACUUGGCCGGCAGUCAUCGUGUGUGACCCAAGUCUCUGUCAGUGAUGUAAGCUUCUGUUCGUUCCGAGGACACCACCCCUACCGACAAUGAGCGUGUGCAGCCGAAUUUGUUUAGCUAUUGUUGCAGUAUCAUUGCUUUUUGAUGUGGAAGCGCGAAGCAUCGCUAGUGAGCACGAGGACGUUCGUAAAGGUUGCGGUUGGGAACGUACAUCUCCUUACGACGUGGGACACGGAAAGGAUGAAGACGCAGUCAGACUAGAUUGUCAGCUACGCACUAUCGACGGGAUGCAAAGCGUAAUAGAGAACCUGACACUACCACAGAUAGACAAAGUCCAGUCGCUACGCAUCGAGUGCAGCGACGUGCUUUUCUACGAGAGUAAAGUGUCGGGAGAUGGUCUACCCGAUCACACCGGCCGUGGCUUCCUGUCACAGCUACGUCGCCUCCGAGAGCUCAGCAUCGAGACUUGCAAGAUCCUACAACUGCCACGGGCCGCCUUUUCGUCGCUGAGGGACCUACGAAAUUUGACGGUGCGUACGUACAUCAGGGAGUGGCUUGCGGCGACGGCGCUCGAAUUCGACCAGGAGACCUUCCUCGGCCUGUCAGAACUUCGCAGCCUCGACCUCUCGCACAAUAACAUAUGGAAGCUGCCGGACGAACUCUUUUGCCCACUGUUUUCGCUGUCUCGACUCAAUAUGUCGCACAACAGGUUGCAAGACAUGUUAGAACUGGACUUCUCCGCGUCUGCUGGCAAGACGUGCAGCUUGGUGCUAGAAUUCCUGGACCUCUCCCACAAUGACAUUCCCUGUGUUCCUGACAACGGACUGACAAAUCUCCGUUCGCUACGAGAGCUGUACUUGCAGAACAACGCUAUUACCUCGCUGGGCGACAGCGCUUUCAGUGGAGUAAAUAAACUGCAAGUACUGAAUGCGUCUAGUAACGAGUUGGAGGCGCUUCCUCCCGAGGUGUUCCAGCCUACUCGGGGUCUGCGAGAGAUUUAUUUGAGAAAUAACUCCAUCAGCGUGCUGGCACCGGGGCUGUUAGAGGGACUAGAUCAGUUAACUGUCCUGGACCUGUCGCACAACUACCUCACUUCUUCUUGGAUCAACAAGAAUACUUUCAGCGGGCUCGUUCGUCUCGUCGUGCUUAAUCUAGGUUAUAACAACAUCGCCCGCGUCGAUCCGCACGUUUUCACUGACGUGUACAGUCUACAAGUUCUGAACUUGGAGCACAACGGAAUUGACACGAUAACGGAGGGCGCGUUCAGCGCCCUGAGCAACCUGCACGUGCUCACGCUGAGCCACAACAAACUCGCACACGUCGACUACUACUACUUCAGCGGGCUGUUCGUCGUCAACCAGCUGUACCUGGACAACAACAAGCUGACUGCCAUUCACCAGCGGGCCUUCGAGAACUGCACUCACCUGCAGGACUUAGGACUGAGCAACAAUCUCCUCACGGUGGUUCCUGCCGCCCUCGGUAAGUUGCAUUUCCUUCGUUUUCUGGAUAUAGGGAGUAACAGCAUAGUUAAUGUGUCUAAUAAUUCGUUCGAUGGGCUAGGGGAAUUAUACGCCCUAAGACUCAUGAACAAUAACCUGGAAAAUUUGCCGAGAGACACGUUUUCUAGCUUACCGCGGGUUCACUUUUUGAAUGUGGCCAAUAACAAUAUUCGCUUUGUUGAAGCAGGUUCGUUCGCCAACAACCCGCUUCUCCGGAUGCUGCGUCUGGACGGGAAUCAGCUGACGGACAUUAGCGGCAUUGUGUCUCAUCUGCCAGGACUGAUAUGGCUGAACGUCUCCAACAACCGUAUCGAGUGGUUCGACUAUUCCUUCGUGCCCCACAGUCUUCAGUGGCUCGACUUGCAUAAGAACAAAUUAAAGGAACUACGAAAUUACUACGAAACUGGCAGUACCCUCCGACUUCUAAUGAUAGAUGCCAGUUUCAACUACAUAACGGAAAUUGGCGAAUCUUCGUUGCCAGACAGUGUGGAGGUCGUGUUCUUAAAUAACAAUCGGAUCACUACUGUCGCACCGAAUACGUUUAUUAAGAAGACGAAUCUCAGCAGAGUCGUGCUGUAUGCCAACAACAUAGAGAAGAUGGACAUGAGCGCACUGACAGUGAAUCCGUUGCCGGAGGAGAGAGAGCUGCCGCAGUUCUAUAUCGGUGGCAACCCUUUCGUGUGCGACUGCGACAUGGAGUGGCUGCAGCGUAUCAACCACCUGGGCUACCUGCGCCGGCAUCCCGUAAUACUGGACUUGGACACCAUCGUGUGCACGCUGGUUUUCUCUAGAGGCGUAAAGACGAAGCCACUGAUGGAGGUGGAUCCGUUGCACUUCGUCUGCACGUACGAAAUGCACUGCUUCGCCCUGUGCCACUGCUGCGACUUCGACGCGUGCGACUGCGAGAUGGCUUGCCCCGACAACUGUACGUGUUACCACGAUACGGCUUGGGCCAGCAACAUCGUCGACUGCGCAAAUGCGGGCUACAAGCACGUGCCGCACAGGAUACCUAUGGACGCGACCGAGAUAUAUCUCGACGGAAACGAUAUCGGGGAAUUGCCGAGUCACGUCUUCAUCGGCAAGAAAAAACUCGAGGUGUUGUUUCUCAACAACAGCAAUAUCGAAAACAUCAACAACAAGACAUUCAACGGUGUGACGUCUCUGCGGGUGUUGCAUUUGGAGAACAAUCGCAUCCGGGAACUCCACGGUUACGAGUUCGAGAAAAUGAGCACCUUGAACGAACUGUAUCUGGAGAACAACGAGAUCGCGAGUGUGGGCAACGCGACGUUCGCGGACAUGCCGCACCUGGAGGUGCUGCGCCUGGAAGGGAACCGGCUGGAAGACUUCAGGCCGUGGGAGCAGCUGGCGGAGAGCACGCAGACGCGGCUGACGGUGGGCGGCGUGGGCAACGUGUGGCGCUGCGACUGCGAGAGCGCGGCGCGCCUCCGCGCCUGGGCGCACCGGGACACGCUCGAGCGCCUCGCUUGCGCCGCGGGGGGCAGCGUGGCCGACGCGCUGCUGCGCUGCGACCGGCCGCGCCGCGGCAACGACGCCGCGCCCUCCUCCGUGGUGCAGCGCGGCCCGGCGGACGCGGACGGGGCGGCCGGCUCGGCCUUCGCCACCUACGCACCUUUCCUCGCCGCCGCCGUCGCCGCGCUCCUGCUCGCCGCCGCCGCCGCCCUGGGCUACCGCUUCCGCCACGAGGUCCGCUUCUGGGCGCACUCGCGCUACGGCGUGCGCCUCUUCGGGACGGCGCCCGCCGCCGACCGCGACGACGACCGAGAGCGACUGUACGACGCCUACAUCGUCUACAGCGUCGGCGACGAGGACUUCGCGGAGCGCCUGCUGGCGGCCGAGCUGGAGCAGCGCGGGUACGCCGUGUGUCUGCACUACCGGGACAUCCAGGUAGACCCCGAGUCGGUGUACCUGGCGGACAGCGUGGCGAGCGCCGCGGAGGCGUCGCGGCGCCUGCUGGUGGUGAUGUCGCGCUGCUUCAUCGACUGCGAGUGGACGCGGCCGGACUUCCGGCGCGCGCUGGGCGCCGUGCUGUCCGCCGAACAGAACCCGGGCCGCCUCGUCGUGCUCGUCAAGUGCGAGCCCAGCCCCGACCUGCGGCCACUGCUGCGCGGCUGCGUGCCCAUCGCGUGGGGCGACCGCCGCUGCUGGGACCGCCUGUGGUACGCCAUGCCCGACGUGCGGCGCCGCGGCGGCCGGCCGCUGCCCGCCGCCACCGCCGGCGCACCCGCAGCCGCGGCGGGCCCCGUCGCCACCGGCCGCCAGCGACAGGGUAAGACCGCCGCCACUGCCGCCGCCGCCGCCGCCGCCGCCGCAGGCGUUCGCCCCGUCGCGCGCUACACGGCCGCACCCACGGCUCCCGAGCCGCGCGUCCACGGCCAGCAGCAGCAGCCGCCGCCGCAGGCCGCCCCCCGGCGCCAGCCCGCGCCGUCGGCCCCGCAGCAGCAGCAGCAGCAGCAGCAGCCGCAGCGGCACCCGCACCUGCACGCCCUGCGCCACACGCCGACCACGACGCCGACGCAGUCGACGUACGUGUCGGAGAACUCGUCGCAGCGCACCACCGACCACGAGGAGGAGGACGAGGAGGAGUACGGGCCGGGCCUGCACCGGCACAGCUACAUGCAGAUCGCCGAAGCUGGUGGCGAGCAGACCGUGCACGUGUACAGCAGUAUCCCGGACACGCUGCCGCUGCGCGCCGUCGGCGCCAACGGCAGGACGUAUUUCGUGUAAGCCGCGCCCCGCCGCGCCGCGCUGCGCCGCGCGUUGCGCAUUACACUUCACAGUAUUAUAAACUUUGCAUUUACCUUAUAAAGGACAAAGACUGUGCAUAUGGCGUUGAUCGUCACCCGCGCAUUCGGGGCAGAAACUCUGGUCAUCCCUCUCGCGACUGAGAGUCAAGGUACGUGUGAAAUUGUACGAUUUUGUCGUAAUCGUUCACUGUUACGAAAGUACGUGUACCGUGAAAGUGUCUGUUAUAACGACGAAUUACGAUGUACUUUGCCGUAAGCUACAAUUUGUGUGUGUUUAUUCUAAGUCUUAUAUCUGAAACCAAAUAUUUGUUGUAAGAUUUCGAGAUGUUAGCCUAACAGAAGGUCGUAAACCGAAUACGGGACGGUGCGCGCGAGGUGCAAUCUUUACUUCGGUGUAAUUUUCCACUACUUUAUUAAAAAUACGUUUUUAUUUCUGUGCGCUUUCGAUAGACUUUAUUUCUCCAGAAAUUUAAAAUACCCGUAAAACUGCAAUUUGCAUUUUGAGAUCGAGAACAAUUUUACCUUCCGUGAGAAUCGUAAUUUUAAACUCGUGUGACUUUUUUAUUAAAUUACCGAUAUCAAAUCUCCGCUUUUAUUUUUAAAAAUUAGACUCGUGUUUGCGCCUCGCUUUCCUUCUGUCAGGCAUCUUGAGAGAAUUAAUGUCGAUGUCCUUAUUUAAUUAUGUGUAAUAAUUUUUUUGCACUGGUACUUGCUUGUAGUUCCCUUCCUGAGGAGACAUCAGUCUACCGUGUAUUAUUUUCUAGUUGUCCUGCUGUGUGCCUGAUGACUGUGAUAACAACUGUACUGACAA